AUGAAAAAAAGCUCCUCUAGAGACAAGCGCAAACAGCAACUGUCCAGUGCUCGUAGACGAAACCGGGGUGAUAGUAGAUCUGAUGUUGACCAUGAAAAUGAUAGAAUGCAUGUGAAACAAGAUCACGAUUCGGUAAAAUCUGGCGAUAAUUCAACUCCUGCUGGGCUGCUGGAAAACGGUGCAUCGAUCAGUGGUAGUGAACCGGCUGCGGGGGAGAAUCUAACACCCGUAAGUGAACCAAACUCACCAUUGCGGGUGGAUUCUCCGACGGUCGAAACAAAACAUACGAUUCGAUUGGUAUCACUAGAUAAAUUGCUCCGGCCCAGUUUGGUCGGAGUAGUACCAGUGCACAGUGAGCAGAACCGAGCCGCGGAAGUAUCAACUCGAAAAGUGAAUAAAAACGUUAGCAUUAUCGAACUUAGCGACGAUACGGACGAGGAAAAUCUAACGCGAUCCGUUGUACAGAAGGAAACGGAAAAUGCCGAUGAAGUCGAAAUUGUGUCGCCCGCCAAGCAAGUGAGCAAAACAAACGUUGAAAAACCUGCAUCCAGCACAGCCCAGUGCAAAAAGGAAGUGAGCGUCGUUGUCAAAAGGUUGCCGACAGACUUUAGUGAUUUGAAGAAGACCUACGGUUUGACUGAGAUCCACGACCUUCGCAACAGUGUUAUCGAACGGUUUGUGUCCAAUACGAAUCGUUUCUCUGUCAGCACCGGUAGGGAAAAAGCGUCAAGGGCGAAAAAUAUGGCCAACGAGGAAGAGGAGCAAAGUAAGCCACCGAUUAAAGCUCCCGUGGCUAGUAACAGUCGGGGGCAACCGAACGGUGUAGCAAGCAAAGAGGCUUCGGAUAUUGAAGUUGACCAGCGAAAGGAUAGUGAUUCGGACGCGCCGAUCAUUCGGACCCGAAACAACACGAAAAGCAGCAUUCCAAGAGAGGUAAAUAUCUUUGGCAACACUGGAAAUAUGCGUAAGAGACGGGCGGUUAGUGAUAGUGAGGAGGAAAAAGGUACAGGGAAGUCUUCACCGGGGCCCACUAAUGGCAAUUCGAACGAGGAAAGCGGUAGUGGUGACAAUUUCGAGUAUGCUAAAAUCAACACGGCUGCCAACAGAGAGCAGCGCGCGGCUGAACGUUCGAAACGUGUUGCCACUACCAAAGUUUCCCCGGAAGAGGCAGACAGUGAGAAUGAGAGCAAAAAAGAGAAAAACGACUUUCAAUCCCGCAAAAAGCGCACCAGAAUUCGAAGGAACUCCUCAUCGUCUUCUGAAGAUGGCUAUAAACCCCGACCGAAAAGGAAAAGAGAAAAACGUCUCGAAAAGAGGAAAUCCGACGGCGAUAGUGAUGACGAUUCGCCCAACAAGGGACGCAAGAAUAUACGCAAAUUGUUGAAGAAGAAAGAUCUGGAUGAAACAACCAAGAAUGCCGCACAGGAGGAACGUGACCGGAAACAGCGCAUAGCGGAGCGGCAAAAGCUUUACAACCAAGUUUACGACGAAAAACCGGCAAUGGCUACUACUCUGGAAAAGCUGGUGCUUGACUUUGACGAGGAAACUAAGGAACCGUUGCUCGAGGUGGACAAAAAGUUGGUCAAGCUACUAAAACCCCACCAGGCUAAUGGGAUAAAGUUUAUGUUUGACGCUUGCUUCGAAAGUCUCGAGCAGAUGAAGGAGACCAAAGGUUCCGGUUGCAUACUUGCGCAUUGUAUGGGCUUGGGCAAAACGUUGCAAGUGGUGACGCUAACGCACACGCUGCUUGCCAACGCAGAUAUGACCGGCGUGGAACGGGUCCUGAUCGUGUGUCCUUUGUCGACCGUGUUGAACUGGGCGAAUGAGUAUCAUAUGUGGAUGAAACACGUCAAAAAAGGCACCGAGGUAGAGGUGUUCGAAAUAUCAAGAUACAAAGAUAACGUCACCCGUGCCAACAAGCUGAUGGAAUGGCACAAUGAGGGCGGUGUGAUGAUAAUGGGAUAUGACAUGUUUCGUAACCUGGCCAAUCCGACCGCCAGUCGCAUACGCAAGAAGGUGCGCGAAUCGUUACAAAUCUCAUUGAUCGACCCGGGACCGGAGCUUAUCGUGUGUGAUGAGGGACACUUGCUAAAGAACGAGAAAACAUCGCUCUCGCAGGCAGUAAACCGAAUCACUACGAUGCGCAGGAUCGUUUUGACUGGUACACCGAUACAAAACAAUAUGAAAGAAUAUUAUUGCAUGGUACAGUUUGUGAAGCCGAAGCUGCUUGGCACCUAUUCCGAGUACAUGAACCGGUUCGUGAAUCCCAUUACGAACGGACAGUACACCGAUUCGACGCCGUACGAUAUCCAACUGAUGCGUAAAAGAGCGCACGUGCUGCACAAACUGCUUGAUGGAUGCGUUCAGCGCCGAGAUUAUUCAGUAUUAGCACCCUUUUUACCGCCAAAGCUGGAAUUUGUGGUAUCGAUCAAACUAACGCCGGUACAGAGCACCCUGUACAAGUACUUUAUGGAAAAUCUGGCCGGUAAACGAUUGCAAGACGAUCCAAACCAAAAGCGCUCUUCGAUGUUGUUUACCGACUUUCAGAAUCUGCAGCGAAUCUGGACACACCCUCGCGUGUUACGGUACAACAGUGACCGAUAUGAAAUUAAACAACAACUAAAGCGUGAUUUGGAUAGCGAAAAUGAAUCCAUCGGGUCAAUGAAGGAUUUUAUCGAUGACGAAGAUAGCGCCGUAUCGACCCCUGACUCGUCCGAUGAUGAUUCCGAUGUAAAGUCCGUUCACGAUGACAACAGCAACAGUUGCAAAAGCUCGGGAGAAUCUUCGAAAGGCAAGCAGAAAACACUUGCAACCCGUAGCACCAGAAACAAUCCCGGCACAAAUGCAUUGGACAAUGAUCUAGUGCUUGAGAAGCCAGAAAAUCCUACGGAAUGGUGGAUGCAGAUGUGCCCCGAGACGGAGUUGGACAAACUCGAACACUCCGGUAAGCUGGUCGUUUUGAUGGAAAUUCUAAAGGAAUGCGAAGCAAUUGGUGACAAACUGCUGGUAUUUUCGCAGUCACUGUACUCGUUGGACGUAAUAGAACAUUUCCUCUCGUUGCUGGAUGAAAAUAUGCAGAAAAGUGAAGAGGAUAGAGAUGAGAAGCUGAGCCAGUAUCCGGCAUCAUGGUCAUUGGGUUUGGAUUAUUUCCGUUUGGACGGAUCAACGUCGAUCGACAACCGAAACGAUGCCUGUAAGGUUUUCAAUGACGAGAGCAACACACGUGCGAGACUGUUCCUUAUAUCAACACGAGCUGGAGGUUUGGGUAUCAAUCUGGUUGCAGCCAAUCGGGUGGUAAUCUUCGACGUAUCCUGGAAUCCAUCGCAUGACAUUCAGAGCAUAUUCCGCGUGUACCGAUUCGGCCAGAACAAACCCUGCUAUAUCUAUCGAUUCAUUGCGAUGGGUACAAUGGAGGAGAAAAUCUACGAACGGCAGGUUACGAAGCAAGCUAUCUCAAAGCGUGUCAUAGACGAGCAGCAAAUUGAUCGGCACUACAAGGAAAACGAUCUGCAAGAGCUGUAUCGGUAUGAUGUGGAAUCAAGUGAGCCACGACCGACACCAAACCUGCCAAAGGAUCGCCUUUUCGCCGAGCUGCUUAAACGGUUCGAUCCGCUUAUCUACAAGUACCAUGAGCAUGAUUCGUUGCUGGAGAACAAAGAAGAGGAAACGCUCAACGAGGAAGAACGAAAGGCAGCUUGGGAAGAGUUCGAGCAGGAGAAGAAUCGGCCACCGAUGCCGUCUCACGGCAUGGGCGGUUUGGGUAUGGGUAUCGGGAUGGGUGGAAGAGUGAAUGGGCCGCUUACAUCCAACCAAACGUUCGGAUUCCGCAACGAUGUGUUGCUUAAGCUGUUAAACAUAAAGGCUCGAGAAGAUAAUCCGUCAUUUAAUGAUGCCACAAUUAACGCUAUGAUACCAUAUUUGAUGCAGCAGCUAUCACAGCAAAUGAGGGAAGGAGAAUUGACGAUGUAUCGAAGCCUAUGGGAGCUAUAUUCUAAGCUAGAAGUUCCACCUGCAAUCCAGCAAUAUCCGAUGGGAUACAACACGUUACAUUCUGGAAUGGUAGGACAAAUGUCGCAGCAACCUCUCAUUGGUCAGCAGCCAAUGAUGGGGAAUGCUAUGGGCAUGGGGUCCAGCAUCCCCUAUCAGAUGAAUUCGGUUCAAACAGGCGUAAGAGCGGCGUAUCCGCCAGACUUUUCGAUCUCGCAAGAGCCCGGAAUCAGUGGAAUCCAUAGAUUCGCACCGGUUGGUGGUGGUGUUACUGGCAUCGUUCCCAGCACUGGAUCUCUAGAAAAUCGAGGACCUGUCAUUAUAGACCCCGAAGUAGUUGAGCUUGAUUAG